GGGCAAGGCAGUCUGAGGUAGAAGAAGACGAAGAAGAAGAAGAAGUAGUAGUCAGGUGUAGUCGACGGUCAUGGCUUCGCUUCCGGCUCUGAUAUCCUUCCUGCUGACAUUCAACGCUGUGAUUUUCGUGAGCGCGGCGAACUAUGGCUUGCUCGAAGUGUUGCAGAGUCGGAAAGAACGCGAAGUCUACCGACCACUGGCCCAAAAUUCAGGUACGGCUGAAGUAACCAUAAUGGACCUCCCCCAUCAGGUGGACUUUGCGCUGGAGAAACGAAGGCUUCGUAGGAACCAGUCGCAAUCCAUCAUGCUCCAGGUGAACGUCUACAACGCAGGAUCCAAAGGGCAGUGGGAGAAACACAGGAUCGUGCUACCGCUAGUGCCUUACACUGAUCGCAAGCGAGAAGAGCAUGCCCGAUAUGAAGAGGCUACAGUGCUGUUCCACGAGAAUGAUAAAGGUUCCCUGACACAUUCUGAAGAGAAUCAGACGACAGUUACUCCCAAGCUGUCGUUUGCUUCUCCAAUAGGCGACGAAGCAUCUUCUGCAAUCCUUAUGCCUAGAAUUACCGCGAAGAAAAGCGGCACUAGGCAGCCAUCAAGUAAGGAGAACAUAGAGUGCGCAACAAAGGUGUCGAGCACCAGCCCUACGUCAAAUAACACGCCGUACACACCUCCAACACCACAAAGAGCCGCAACACUGAAAUUCAGAGAAAGCAACGACGGGUACAAGAACGCUACGUGGAAGACAUUGCACGCCACGUCUCCUACAAUGGAGCUGAAUGGCGCUCAAAAAGGUACACCGAGAAAGUCCACAACGCCUGGUACACCGAAGUCGACCUGCCUCCAGAUUUUGUUGGACCAUAUUUCAACUACCCACACCAAGACGAAGCAGACCAAGCUAUCGGGAUGCGUCUGUGGAGAUGCCAGUAACCAGCAGCUCAAGCAUGAGCACAAAAUUAGUGGGGGAACGUUGAGUCCAUUUCCACCGAAAGAGAAGCUUCAAGGCUGCUCCAACGGCCCGUGUCAAUUGAAAUCUUUACAACCAUUCGCGAAAAACACGCAGGGUACGCCGAAAAGACAGUACAAAUUUGACCCGUCCAAGAAACACCGCCCCACGCUAUCAAGGCUGGAUUCCUACAGGAAAGCGAAGCCCGUGCAAGAGACGAAGGACUAUUACGAUGACUUUACAGGGAACAAACUCGGAUACCAGACGCUCCCGAGACGGACUUGGAAGAAUCUCGCCAAUGACUUGGAUUACGCAGGCUCUGGCGUUGACAGCAGAGGCAGAGAAGCACCAGCUGGACGUUCUUCGCAAAAUGCUUGGAAGAAGUUUGCGAGGAAGACGCUGAACGUGCUGACAGAAGAUGUUAACGACGUCAACCGGUGGGACAGAUUAGGUGUGCGGUGAUACUUGCGAGAGGGAGGGCUGAGGAACACAUCAUGAUACCAGCGUCGGCUGCUGUUGAUGAGAUCUGCUUAACUGAUGAGAUAAACGAAACUGACGUGUGCAAUGCGCACGAACGAUAAUGAUUGACCCCAAUGCAUCGCAAUAAAAAAUGAAAUAAUGCA